AUAAGCGAAUCUCAACUCUGUUCGCUCUUAAAAUUCUACCGACAUUCCUUCUUCGACUGAUUCAUACUUGCGCCCAUCUUCCAAACAUCGCGCCGAGCUCAGCUCCAAAAUCGCGUCCAUAGAAUCGAUCCCGUCUUCCGAGUUUUAUACACGAAAUCCUUCAUUCGAAUCUAUCACGUCUUUCUCAAUUCGUGAACUACCUACACACGCCAACUGCUAGAAAAUAAAUCAUCUAGCGGAGCUAUCCUCGAAUCUCGCUCACCGUACAUCCUGCCUGAGCUACAAUUUUUUUGACUCGAACGCCACCUUGAACCCAAGACUCGCAAGACAAAUCAUACGACACCUCGUUCGCACAAUUCAAAGCCUCAAAAGAUACCUACCAUACAGUAUAUUCAACAUUCAAGAUGGCUUCACACACUCAACAAGUUUCCCGCGCCACCACGGCAUCCGAGAUUCAUCAUGCUCUACUUCGACCUGCGGUACUCCAGAUUUUACGCGCUCAAGGCUAUUACUCAUCUACCACCGCCACCAUCGACGCCAUCACUGACCUCGCCGCCAAAUACUUCACUCUGAUUGCGCAAUCUACUGCUAAGCACGCCACUCAUAAUAACGAAACCGGCCUCCCAGGCAUCCCAGAUGUCGUCGACGUACGACUCGCCCUCGAGGAUUGUGGAGCUCUGAUGCCGGAACGCGAUUUCACAGCGCAACAAGUGAGCGGAAAAGAGGACACCCGGGGCGUCGAUGAAUUCAUUAGCUGGGCUGUUGGCAAAAAGAAUCAGAGAAUCCGCAAGGUUGCUGCGCUUGACAAGCAGAUCGCAGGCGAAGUUGAUGUAAAUGGUUUGGAGGAGCAGCGCGAGACAGACUACCUAAACGCUCUCAAGCGCAAGCAUAACAAGACAGACCAAGACUCCAAGUACGCAGGCACGAUCCUCGGCCGUGGCAUUGUCGAGAGCGACCCCGGCAACCACGGCAAUGACGAUAACAGCAUCCAGUCCUGGGCCCGCAAACUACAUGAGACAUCUCAGCGCCCGCUUGAAUCCGAAACAGCCGACAUCGAGUCCAGACCAGCCAGCUCCGGUCUAAGCUCCCUCGCCGACGAGGACGUGGCUAUGAUCGAUAUGGAGUUUUAGGAAACC